CCUUCGGCUCAAGGGCAUUCGGGCACGUCUGGAUUCUAAUAUUGUUGACUUGUGUUGUCACUGAUUGUUGUCUAUUGCUUUCUGUAGUAAAUGUCAGAAAGAUAAGGGUUCCAUUUACAAAACUUGGGAAAUUGUUCGGCGUAAUGGAAGUCAUAACUAUACCCGCCUUGUCGGAUAACUACAUGUAUGUAGUUAUCGACAGAGCAUCAAAUAUAUGCGCAGUUGUGGAUCCAGUGGAACCUGAUAAGAUUUUGAGUGCAGUCACGCAACGCGGUUUGCGACUUGAAUCUAUAUUGACAACUCAUCAUCACUCGGACCACGCUGGAGGAAACCUUGACCUUGUAACUAAAUGCAGGAAACAAGGCUUAGAGGGAGUAAAGGUGUAUGGAGGAGAUGAUCGUAUUAGUGCUUUGACUGAUACUGUGUCUCACGGACAUAAAAUAAAGAUUGGUAGCAACCUCAAUGUUUGUUGCUUGGCUACACCAUGUCAUACUACUGGUCAUAUAUGCUAUCUGGUUACCGAAGAAAACAGUACCAAAGAAGGGGUGGUAUUUACUGGCGACACGUUGUUCCUUGGGGGUUGUGGAAGAUUUUUUGAAGGGACCGCUGAACAAAUGUUUAAAGCACUUAUUGAGGUUCUUUCCAAGUUACCAACAACAACGAAAGUCUAUUGUGGGCACGAAUAUACUGUAAAAAAUCUUGAAUUCGGCUUAACUGUUGAACCAAAAAAUGACGCGCUUAAACACCGAUUAGAAGCUGUAAAACGUUUACGUGCGUCUAAUCAAGCAAGUGUUCCCGGUACAAUCGGAGAGGAAUUAGCAACCAAUCCUUUCAUGCGUGUUUGUGAACCAGAUGUGCUCGCACAUGCGAAAACUACCGAUCCCAUCAAAGCCAUGAAAACAAUUCGCGAAGAAAAAGAUCACUUUUAGAUUUGAAACUGAUUUGUCUUACGAUAACAGCGAUGUAUUGCAAUUUCUUCAACGAAGUCAGUAUGUCUUUUUAUAUUUUUGAACAUUUAAUAUGCUUAUCUUGACCCUGAACAUUGAUAAAACAUAUUAAAUAAAUAAAUAAAAUUGGUACUAAUG